AAUAGGUUCUGUAUAUAAUACACAUACUUGCACUACUUGCACGGUGUCAUAUUUUUUGGAGCUUUGUAUUACGUUUAAUGUUGAAUUUUAAGCAACAGUGGAGUUUUUAGAUUUGAAUUCAUAUUGAGAAAAAAAAUUUAUCGUCCCAAAUAUCUACUACAAGUUCACGAUGCACUGAGGCUUCUUAAACAUUGUUUUUUAUAAAAUAAUACGUAUAUAGUGGAAUUGUUAAAUCAAUCACACUGAAAUAUUAUCUACAAUGAUGCACUAUGGACCUUGGAUUAACCCACAGCAAAUGUUAAUGGAGCAGCGCACAUACUAUCAAUGUGCAAAUAGUUACUUACAAUCAUAUUUUUCUUCAAGCGACCAUCAGGAGGAAGAGAAUGAUAAUACUGGAGAUGAUAUGCCAUGUGAGACAUCAGGAGAUCAAAGUCCUAAUGCAGAAAUGUUUCGUCUUGCAUUUGCAGCUUCCCAAUGGUCAAAAUUAGUUUUCAAUGCUGAAGGUUUAUUCAAUAAAUUAAUAUCGACAAAUGUAUUGCCUCAAAAUGAGCAAAAUUUGUUAAAAAAUCAAAUUGAACAAUGGCUUUGCAUGAAACAAGAAUAUGAAGAGUGCAUUGCAGGUGAUGACUCAAGUAGCUUACAAGGUUUUGCAGGAAAUACAAGGAAAUCUUUAGAAAAGAUUGAAGAAGUCACUGAAACAGAUGAAUCAGAUAACUGGAAAUCUCGGAGCAGAACUAAAAGUUGCAGUAUGUCAGAUAGUGAUAUGUUUGAUGACAAUCAAAGUGAUACCGAAUCUGAGCUUGAAAAUUCACACUUUUUAGAUAAAUUAGAAGAGUUUAUGAACACAUUUAAAAUUCAAACUGAUGGCAUUAUAGAUACAAAAAAAGGUGACUUUUUCAAUUUAACGGGUUAUUUAUCAACACCAAAACGUAUUAUUACUGAUAAUUUAUUACCAAUAAAAAAUUCUGUCACAAGAAGAGUCUCCAUAUUGCCCUACUCUAAUGAGAGUCUAGAAAUAAAACAAGCUUUUCAAGGACGUAACAGAACUCUUAGUUUGACACAUCAAUCAAGUUACGAUAUAAACUUAUCACAACUAGUUUCGUCCAAAGAGAAUGAAGGUCAUGAGCAUUUUAAUGAAAAUCUUAAAAAAGAAUCUUUAAACACAGUUUCUAAUGUACCAAACUUAAACGUCUGGUCCGAAAGUUUAAAUCCCAUUGGAGCAAUAAUUGUUAGGAAUAAUGAAAAUCAAAUGCAAGCGGAAAAAGUUGUACUUGAUUUGAAUCUUGCUCGUAAAGAGUUUGAAGAAUUGCAGAAGUCUAUAAAAGUGAAAGAGCAGUUCAUUUACGAAAUGCGACAUACUUGCAGUACCCGAAAUAAUGCCAAUAGUGUGUUUGACAAAAGUCGAAGCAAACUGGAAGAAAAAUGUCGCAAUAUCAAACGAAUGCUUCAUUUCAAAGAGGUCAAUAACUUUACAAAAGAUUCUGUGCAUGAAGCUGAAAUAGAAAAAUUUAAAAGUAUAUUACUUUAUUACCAGAAAAAGUUGAAGGAUACUAAAGUGAUUAAACAAGUCAUGAAUGAAUCAGGUAAGACAUUAGCACAAGCUAAAGACUCUCUUAAGACUUCAAGAAAGCAGUUGGAAAAACUAAAGCAGGUACUGGAGGGUGAAGAAAAUCGCAGAAAAGAAUCGGAGAGCAAAUUCAAUGAAAAUCAAAAAAAAUCACAAGAGUUGAACGAGAUUCAGGAGUCAAAGGUAUUUAAAAUAAGAGGACUCGUGCAUGAACGUGAUAUGCAUAGUACUUCUAAGCUGGAAACGAAUUCGGAUGAAAAUUUAACAGAAACAAAUGAAAAAGUUUCGUACUUAAAUUAUUUGGUUAACGAAAAAGUGGAAACUGAGAAUAGUGAUAGCAGGGAUAAGUGCGAGAUUUUGCGUCAAGAAAUAAUCGGCUUGAGAGUCAUUAGAGAUCGUUUGUUGGAAGCCAAAAAUGAAGUUGCAAACAACAAAUUUUUAACUUCUUUUGAGCAGCAAAGACAAUUAUUACUGAUAGAUGAAUAUGUUGAAUCCAUUGAUGUCAUGAUGGAGCAAAAAAAUAUUAUGCGCUGCAAUAAUGGACAUAGCAUAGAAAAUAAAUUUAAAAAAGUUGAUGAGCAAAUGUCGAUGAUGAAUCGUCUUGAUAUACUAUCUCAUGAUGAGUUAGUAAACUUAUUUUACAGGUACUUCUAUAAAGUUAUUGAUCUUAAAGACAGUUCAAGAACUCUAGAAGUACAAAACACUCUUUUAGAAGAUUCUUUAAAAAAAGAGAGAAUUGAAAGUGAGGCGAAAGUAAUCGUGCUUCAAAAACUUUAUCAACGUCAGCUCACUCGUUUCUGUAAAUAUUAUGCAGAAGAGACUAGCAGCUCGAGUUAUGAUGCUAAAAUUAAUAGAAACAAAAAUUUCGUAGCGCAGAUAAUGAAGGAAAACUAUUCUUUGAAAAAACGUCUUACUUAUUUCGAAUCACUGUUUAAGACUUCAGAAGCCACCCAAGCUAUUCAAUCUAAUUCUGUCAGAAGUAUGAAGCAAAUGCUCAAACCUGAAUUAAUGCAAAUAGUAUUACCCAAGACGAAAGUAACACGCCAAGGAAAUAAAUUAAUUUUCCAAACAAAUAAAAAAAAAAAGUGAUGAAAACAUUGUAAUCAUUAAAAAUAUUCCCUUCCACAAUCUUACUAUUUGUAUUUGAGUUUUUUACAUUUAAAGAUUUUUCCUUUAGUUCUAAUGAGUGUAACAUUAAAUGUAGGCUUAAACAAGUUAUUUGAUAUAUAACUCCCAAGUCAUUGGCAUGAGGUUGGCAGCAUCAUCGCUGCCGUAUGAUGAAAUUGAAAGGCUGCGGUCACAUUGAGCCGCGUAAAGCGUAAAUGUAUAAGCGCAUAUCACGUCAAAUUGGGAAGGUUAGAUAGUAGGUAGUAGAAGCUAUAUAUAUUGUUACUCGAAAGCUAUUCGAGAAAUUUAAAUAAAUUUUAUACAACUUCAACACCGCAAAUUUUAAUUUUUCUUUUCGAAAUCGUAUCAUUGAAUAAGUCGUACAGACCUUCUACAAUUUUCUGAAAGUUCUUAUGACUUGUUUUUUAUCUAUUUAGAUAUCAUCAGAAUGAAUAUCUGUGGCUUCCCGGACAAACCGAUUAACUCCAUUUUUGUAAUUUUCGAGAAAGACGGCUUUAAAGGUUGAAAGGCUAAU